CCGUGACAUCCUCUUACCCAUGAUGCUCCGGGAGUUGAGUGGUGCCCUGGCGGCCAUGGCGGACGGCCCACAUGAUGAGAGGCGGAACAGCGUGGAGCUCCUCAACAACAUCCUGGAGGUCCUCAGUCGGGACAACGUGGGGGAGACGUUCCAGCAUGUUCAGAACAUCGUGAUCUCCCUCCUGAGAACAAUCAACAGGACAGUCAUCACCAUGGGGCGGGAACAUGCCCUAAUUUCCAGGGUGGUGGCCUGUAUGACAGCAAUCCUCAGCCAGAUGGAAGACAGUCACUACUCGCGCUACAUUGAAACCUUCUCUGGAACAUGCGACCUGGUGGACUUCCUCAUGGAGACGUUCCUGCUGUUUAAGGAUCGGAUCGGAAAACAUGUGUAUCCAUCUGAUUGGAUGGCCAUGAUCAUGGUGCAGAACAGAGUGUUCCUCAGGGCCAUCAACACCUAUGCAGACACCAUGAACCUCAAGUUUCUUAACAACAACGACUUUGAAGUACAGUUGUGGAAUAACUACUUUCAUUUGGCCGUGGCGUUUAUUACCCAAGAGUCCUUGCAGCUUCAGCACUUCUCCCCCACCAAGAGGACCAAGAUCCUGGCCAAGUAUGGAGACAUGAGGAGGCUCAUUGGUUUUUCCAUUAGGGACAUUUGGUACAAACUGGGCAGCCAUAAGAUCUGCUUCAUACCUGGCAUGGUGGGCCCCAUCCUGGAGAUGACUCUGAUCCCAGAGGAGGAGCUGAGGAGGGCCACCAUCCCCAUCUUCUUUGACAUGAUGCUGUGUGAAUACACACACUCCUCACACUUCCAGAAGUUUGAGAAUGAGAUCAUCCUAAAGCUGGACCAUGAGGUGGAGGGAGGCGGAGGAGAUGAGAGAUACAUGCAGCUGCUGGAGACCAUCCUGUUGGAGUGUUCAGCGGAGUACCCGGCGCUAAGGCCAGAAGUCGAGCACUUUGUCGCUUUGGUGAAGGGACUCCUGAUUCGUCUCCUUGACUACCGCACCGUCAGGAGCGACGACAGCCGCAACAAUCGCAUGUGUUGCACUGUCAAUCUCCUGAAUUUCUACAAAGAUAUAAACCGAGAAGGGAUGUAUAUCAGAUACCUCUACAAGCUGCGAGACCUUCACCUGGAUGUAGACAACUACACAGAGGCAGCGUACACCCUGUUACUGCACUCACGCCUGCUCAAGUGGUGUGAUGACCCGUGCAACCCCCAGUUUGAGAUCCAGGGCUCCCACACCCAGCGGCAGCUGAAGGAGACACUCUACGACACCAUCAUUGACUACUUCGACAAGGGCAAGAUGUGGGAGGAGGCCAUCACUCUGUGUAAGGAGCUGGCCGAUCAAUACGAGUUGGAGGUGUUUGACUAUGAGCUUCUCAGCAAGAGACUGAACAAGGUGUUCAUCCACCGGGGGAAGGACUUUGAGCGCAGGGAGGACUUCCUGAACGAGUUGAUGAGUCAGUUCCCCAGUGCCGUGUGCCUCAACAUCACCACCAUGCCUGAGGAUGACAUCAAGAACUCCCCCAUGCAGUAUAUCCAGUGUUUCACUGUCCAGACAGUUCUGGAGAUCCCACCUCGUCUGAAGAGCAAGCCUGUUCCAGACCAGAUCAUCAACUUCUACAAAUCCAACUACGUUCAGCGUUUCCACUACUCCAGACCAGUUAGAAAGGGCUCUGUUGACCCCAGCAAUGAGUUUGUUUCUAUGUGGAUUGAGCGUACCACCUUCACAACUGUGUACAAACUCCCAGGGAUCCUGCGUGGGUUUGAGGCCACAGACACAAAACAUACUACCCUGAGUCCUCUGGAGAACGCCAUAGAGACCAUGGAGUCCACCAAUGAGAAGAUCCUCACCUUGAUCAACCAGUACCAGGCCGACUGGAGCCUUCCCAUCAACCCCCUCUCCAUGCUGCUCAAUGGCAUCGUGGACCCGGCCGUCAUGGGCGGCUUCGCCAAUUACGAGAAGGCUUUCUUCACGGAGGAGUACACCCAGCAUCACCCUGAGGACAGAGACAAGCUGCUCCGCCUCAAAGACCUCAUCGCCUGGCAGAUUCCGUUGCUGGGCGGAGGAAUCUCCCUUCAUGGGAAGAGGGUGACUGACGACCUGCGACCCUUCCACGAGCGCAUGGAGGACUGCUUCAAACAGCUGAGAAAGAAGGUGGAGAAGGAGUAUGGAGUGAGAGAGCUGCCUGAUAUGGAUGACAGGAAAUCCACUCGUCCACAUUCUGUCCUUCGCAUGCGCCAGUCCAUCAUCUCUGUCUCUUCCAUGCAGGGGUCUGAGUGUGGGACCCCCACCAAGUCUUUCCCUGACGGUGGCCCCUUCAAUGACAACGGCGCCCCCCGGACCCCCGUCCUGCAGCACUCCAGCGGGAGUGUCAGCACGGCGGACGAGGGCGGGUUAGAGGGCGGGGUCAAGCUGAGGAAGUCCAAGAGGGGGAGGAAGAGGAGCAGCAUGAUCUUCAUCACCGAGGAGAGAGAGAGAACCAGCACGUUGGACAGCAAGCGGCUGUCAAAGAAGCAAGAGUUUCGCAGUGACACCAACCUAGCAGACUCCAACGAAGGAAACGUCAUGCUGACCAAUGCCAACUCCAGAUCCCUGCCUGCUAUAACAGGCCUCUCUCUCUCAGUGGUCAGUGGGACUGAGGAGGCGGAGUCAGCGCGUUCCAAGAGGGACAGUAAGAGCAUGUCCGUCUGUGUGCCCGGAGACAACCGCACCCCAGACAGGCGCUCCAAGGGGGUCAUCAAUCUCUUCUUCAAGACCAAGACUUCCAAGCCAGAUGAUGGGAAACCUGGAGCUCCAGCUGGACACAAAGCUACUCAUUUCUGAUGACCAGGACAGAACAGAGUUCAAGUCACCAGAUAACAACAUUCCUCGAUCCCCAGAUCCCCACACUGUAGGGGAUGCAGUGCCUUCAUCAUGAGCCAUACAGCUGAUCAGCUGAGCUUAUUAACUUAGAUACAUGCAGCCACACAAAUACACUCAGUUUAUACACACACUUUUCCCCCUCCACAUACGUACACACGUGCAUGUACACACACACACGCACACAACAUGCUACUGUUACAUUUUUGUUUACCUGUGCCAUCAUAUCUUGUAGUUCCCUCUGAAGCCUCACGGUGGCAAUAUUGAAUCGUGCUGUUAGAUAGUGGUCUCCUGUCCAGUAAACAGCACUUCCCUCAAAAGUACCCCUUUAGCAAACACAACAAUAAAGCUGACAAUUGUU